AUGGCCAUGACCCUUGAUAGUAGUGCUAUGAUUCAAAACAUGGUGAUCCUUAAGCUCCAAGAUCCAGGAAGUUUAUCCAUCCCUUGUCAUAUAGGUACCAUGGAAUUUGAUAGGGCUCUAUGCGAUUUAGGAUCUAGUGUUAGCCUAAUGCCUUUGUCGAUGUGUAAGAAAUUGGAUAUAUGGGGACAUGAAACCUAUCAAUACAUCGAUGAAGAUUUUCAAAUUUCCAUAAUUUUAGGAAGACCCUUCCUAGCUACAGUGGAGGCCAUCAUAGAUGUCCAGAGAGGGAAGUUAACCUUUGAAUCAUGUAAUGAGAAGAUUAGGUUCAUUUUAGCAAAACUAUUGAAGAACCCUUCCUUAAGGGACUCUUUGUGUUUAGUUGAUUUGUUUAGCGAUUGUGUUCAAGAGAAUCCACCAGAAUAUCCUCCAACUACUAAGUUGAAGGAGAGCUUACUUGAUAAUACUAAGGUUGAGAAAGUUGUUUCCUAA